CGCGAACGAUGGUGUAUGUGUUCAAUCCUCAGCUGUUUAGACUUUUCGUUUGACGUCCGUUUAUUUCAAUGUUGUCGCGUAUUGUUGACACGAUUGUUUCUGAGUCGUUUUUUUCGUCGAGAAAAUAACGAAUUCUCGUCAUGGUACUGAACGAGGUGGAAAAAUUCCUUCACAAGCUAGAGAAAGCUGAAUUGGAGGCUCCUGGCGGAGUUGCACGGACUCAGACGUAUGCUCAAUUAUUAGCUGUGUACCUUUAUCAGAAUGAUUUAUGCAACGCUAAGUACCUAUGGAAGCGGAUACCGGCGAACCUGAAAACCAGAAGCACGGAACUCAAGCAAAUAUGGGUGGUGGGACAGCGUAUGUGGCAACGGGACUGGCACGCGGUCCAUGCUGCCCUCAACGUGGAAUGGAGCAAAGAUGUCUCCGAUAUUAUGGCUGCUUUGAAAGAUAACGUUCGCGAGAGAGCAAUGGUGUUGAUAUCGAAGGCGUAUUCGUCGUUGGACAUAAACGUGUUCGCGUCGAUGACGGGAUUGGCGUUGGAAGAGGCGCGUCAAAUGGCCACGGAAAGAGGCUGGACCGUGGAUGGGACGAUGGUGCAGCCGUGCAAGAUCGAGAAAGAGGAGUGUAACCGCGUGAGCGAGGUAUGCCUUACAGAGGAUCAGCUGCACAAGCUCACGCAAUUCGUGUCCUUCUUGGAGAACUGAACGAUACCAGCCAGCGGGCCGUCGGUGACGAAGCACGGAUCACGAAGACCCCCGAUCGACAGUACUUUAAACAUAGUUUUACCUCGUAAUCGUAUCAUAUAAAGGAGGAAGUGUGCCUCAAAGGAAGCACCUGUGUCCCCAUCCUAAGUAUACCUACGGUCUGCCUACGCGUUCUGCCCGUUCGACUGGAAGAUCCAUUCGAUGAAGCUCGCCGCAAGCGUGGAGUCAACAACUCGGUUAAUCAAUAAUCGAGCGAGAAAAGGCGGACUGGCAUUUUCUAGAAGAGCCAUCCUCGAGAGCAAUCGUCCACGCACGAAGCCACGGAUUUCUGGACCAGUUAUGUCCGACUCAUCGGUGUUGAUCUUAGCAUUAAACCGCUCUAUUGUACAAAAUAAUAAUUACGGACGCGAAUCACUACCGUCCUGAUGCAGCGCUCCACACGCAAAACGAUGCCUUGUCAUUCGAUGCUAAUCCUCCCCAUUUGGUUCUCACUCUUCCCCGGGGAGACACAGUUUUUCAAAUUUCAUCUACAAUCGUUCCCUUUUGGGGUUUCUGAAUUUUACCGGGACCCGAUAAAGUCGCGGUAGCGGAGUAAACGAAAGCAAGCGGGUGUUGUAUUCCGCGAGGAGAUUCCGCCGCGAGCAUUGCGUCACGCAAAUCGAAUCCUCGCGGGUCAGAAAAAUCGCGGACAGCAAGGUAUGCCCGGUCGGCCGCGGCCUCCUCCGUGGCCCCCGUCGACAUGCCAGCCGAGUAAUUCCCUAUGAAAUCGAUUCUGACCGUCCCGCAUUGUAAACGCUGGAUAUGCACAAUCGCGGUCUCGAUUGCGUAACGCCUGGAUACUCUCAAAGAAAUCGUUUCCACCGAUCGGCAGGUAGCCGGUGUUCACCCACCGUCAUUGAUGGCGGUUGCUCUUUUUUUGGCUCCACUACACUCUAGAAAGUUGUUGCACCGGUAUCACCGAUCCUACACGCUCUACCCGCGUUUCAUAUUUUACGUGUACACCGCGCCAUUUGUGUUUCCGCAUAAAUUCUACGCGAUACGCGGGUCCCCUCUGAUGUUUACGUUCCGUUUAUGGAAGCAUUCCCCAUUAAGAAGGCGAUUGCUUGGAUAAUCAUUGGAAUAUUUUAAAUAAAAA